AACUACCCACAUACCUCCUCCUGUAUAAAUAAAGCCAAACCAGAGAACCACUCACAUACCUCCUGUAUAAAUAAAGCCAAGCCAACUCCUCUCUAUCUUAGAAAUCCAGCGGGCUAGCUCACGUAAGCCAUGGCUAAGCCUCGUAAGCCGAAAAACGAAGACGCCAAGCCUGAGAACUCCGGUGCCGUGGUUCGUCACCAGAAACUCUGCCUCUCUAUCGACAUCGACAAGCACCAAAUCUACGGUUACACUGAGUUGGAAAUUGCGGUGCCGGAUAUAGGAAUUGUAGGGUUACAUGCGGAGAAUUUAGGAAUAGAGAGUGUAUUUGUUGAUGGUGAAGCUACUGAGUAUGAAUAUUAUCCACAUCAGCAACAAAAUGUGGAUGGUGAAAAGAGAUGGAGCUCAGUUACGAGCCCUAGCUCGGCUGCUGACGCUGCUGGCGCUGUGUAUUUAUCGGCUCUGGAGAGAGAACGUGUUCCGAAUUUGCUAAUUAAUUGUUGCAAAGCUUUUAGGGUUCCAAAUGAAGUGCAAGAGAUUGUGAAUUUGGAGAAUGGAGUGCCAUUUUCUGGUGAACCUAAGCAGAAUGUAAAAUUGGUGCGCAUUAAUUAUUGGGUAGAGAAAGCAGAGACGGGCAUUCAUUUUGACAAUGAAGUGGUACAUACUGAUAACCAAAUAAGGCGUGCACGUUGCUGGUUCCCUUGUAUGGAUGAAGGAUUUCAGCGUUGCUGUUAUGAUCUGGAGUUUACAGUUGCCCAUAAUCUUGUUGCUGUUAGUACUGGAAGCUUAUUAUAUCAGGUUCUAAGCAAGGAUGAUCCUCCUCACAAAACAUUUGUCUACAAAUUAGAUGUUCCUGUGACUGCUAAAUGGAUAUCUUUGGUGGUUGCACCAUUUGAAAUACUUCCUGAUCCGCAUGUUGCUCUCAUAUCACACAUGUGCUUGCCAUCUAAUUUGUCAAAGCUCCGGAAUACCAUCAAAAUUUUUCAUAAUGCGUUCAACUAUUAUGAAGAAUACCUUGAUGCAAAAUUUCCAUUUGGUUCAUACACACAAGUUUUUUUAGCUCCUGAGAUGAUUGUAUCCUCAACAAAUCUGGGAGCUUCAAUGGGUGUCUUUAGCUCUCAAGUUUUAUAUGAUGAGACGGUUAUUGAUCAGGCCAUAGACACUAGCAUUAAACUAGCUUUUGCACUCGCAAAACAAUGGUUUGGGGUAUAUGUCACUCCCGAGGAACCUAAUGAUGAAUGGCUUCUGGAUGGGCUUGCUGGCUUUUUGACAGAGUUAUUUAUAAAGAAGUUUUUAGGAAAUAAUGAAGCUCGCUAUCGUAGAUACAAGGCUAAUUGUGCUGUUUGCAAGGUAGAUGAUAGUGGCGCGACAGCUUUGAGCUUCUCUGCUUCUUGCAAGGAAUUGCAUGGAACCCAUAAAAUUGGUCUUUAUGGGAAAAUAAGAUCUUGGAAGUCUGUGGCAAUAUUGCAAAUGCUGGAAAAGCAAAUGGGUCCAGAGUUUUUCCGCAAGAUUUUGCAAAAGGUUAUUUCCCGGGCUCAAGAUACAAUCCCUGUCAGAUCUCUCAGUACAAAGGAGUUCCGCCACUUCGCUACUAAGGUUGGAAAUCUUGAGCGCCCAUUUGUGAAAGAAUUUUUCCUGCGAUGGGUCUGCUCUUGUGGAUGUCCAGUGCUAAGGAUGGGGUUCUCUUAUAACAAAAGGAAAAAUAUGGUUGAAUUGGCGGUGCUUCGAGAGUUUACAGCUGCACCUGAUGCAAAUGCAUCUUUCCUUAACCUUGAUUCUGAAAACCGGGAGGGUGAUAUUGGAUGGCCAGGGAUGAUGAGUAUCAGAGUUUAUGAACUUGAUGGCAUGUAUGACCAUCCGGUUCUACCUUUGGCUGGAGAAAUGUGGCAGCUAUUGGAAAUACAGUGCCAUUCAAAGCUUGCAGCCAGACGUUUCCAAAAGCCUAAAAAGAGUUCAAAACCUGAUGGCUUUGAUGAAAAUGGUGAUGUACCUGCUUCAGAUAUGCGCUCCAGUUUGGAAUCCCUGUUGUCAUGGAUUAGGGCAGACCCAGAAAUGGAAUAUCUUGCUGAAAUUCAUUUUAAUCAGCCUAUACAGAUGUGGAUCAAUCAAUUAGAGAGGGAUGAAGAUGUUGUUGCACAGGCACAAGCAAUUGCAGCAUUAAAAACUUUACCACAACUUUCCUUUUCUGUUACAAAUGCUAUGAAUAAUUUCCUCAACGACACCAAGGCCUUUUGGAGAGUUCGAAUUGAGACUGCAUUUGCAUUGGCUAAUACUGCUUCUGAGGAAAAUGAUUGGGCUGGCUUACUCCAUUUGGUGAAAUUUUACAAAAGUCGAAGGUUUGAUGCAGCUAUUGGACUCCCCAAGCCAAAUGACUUUCAUGAUUUUCCCGAGUACUUUGUUCUUGAGGCAAUUCCUCAUGCUGUUGCUAAGGUCAGGGCUGCAGAUAAGAAAAGCCCAAGAGAAGCUGUUGAAUUUAUUUUGCAACUUCUGAAGUAUAACGAUAACACUGGAAAUCCUUACUCUGAUGUGUUCUGGUUAGCUGCACUGGUCCAGUCAGUUGGUGGACUUGAAUUUGGGCAACAGACUGUUCUCUUUCUGUCCUCCCUUCUCAAGCGAAUUGACUGUCUUUUGCAAUUUGACAGGCUGAUGCUGAGUUAUAAUGGGAUCUUGACAAUCAGCUGUAUUCGAACAUUGACACAAAUUGCAUUAAAACUCUCAGGAUCCAUUCAUCAUGAUCAUGUCUUUGAACUUAUUAAACCUUUUCGGGAUUUCAAGACAAUAUGGCAAAUUCGAAUUGAAGCCAGUAGAGCACUCCUUGAUCUGGAAUUCCACUGCAAAGGCGUGGAUGCAGCAUUGUCAUUAUUUAUCACAUAUUUGGAGGAAGAACCGUCAUUAAGAGGGCAAGCAAAACUUGGUGCACAUGCCAUGCGGUUAUGUCAGAUACAAGAUGAAUCCGAUUCUGAAGAUUCUAUCAAGUGUACAACUCUAUUGGCUUUGAUUCGUCUACUUGAAGGUCAUAUCGGAUUCAACAAUACCAUUCUUCGGCAUCACUUGUUCUGCAUUUUACAAAUCCUUGCAGGAAGGGCCCCAACACUUUAUGGAAUUCCCAGGGAUAGAACAUUAUGUAUUGGCGACUCAGAAACUUGCAGUGAUCCAAGGAAUAUUUUUGCAGGUCUUGUGACAGAAACAAAGCCCCUGGAACCUCCUAUGGAGAUUCCAAAACUUGCACAAGAUAAUUUUGCCUUUCCAGAGGCUAUAAAGGAAGCGGAUAUAAUUUCCAACAAAGAUCAACAUAAGAUGGAUAUGGCCAUUCCAGAAGGUCUCAAUGAUCCAGAUGCGAUUUCCAACAAUCAUGGACAGAAAAUGGAUCUGGCCAUUCAAGAAGCUUCAGAAGAAGUAGCUGUGCCUGAAGCUUCAAAGGAAACAGACAUCCCAGUAGCUUCAAAGGAAGAAGAUAACAUCUCCAACAGCCAUGAGCGCAGACGGCCAGUUGUUAAGAUCAGAGUCAAACAUUCUGCUGCUUCCAGUAGAGCUGAGGAGACUGAUAUUCAAAAUGUUGAGAGAUCCCAAGGUGGGCACCAUGAAACUGAUCGUGGGGCCAGCAGCUCUGUUUCUGUGGAUGCACCCCAGAGGAUUUCAACUGAAGCUGUGAGUAUUAGCUACCAAAAUCUCGACGAAGUCAACUCGUGUCUUGACCAUGGUUCUCGGAUGAGUGCUAGCAUUGGCAGUGCAAAAUUAGCAAGUGAUGGUGACAAUUUUGGAAAGGAACUCCAGUGCACUGCUGAAUCAAGUAAAGUUUCUAUGCACCCUCAGCCUGAUGAUCCAUCAUCACGUAGAGUCAUGCAAGAUAACCUUGUAGACACUGAUGCACAAAGGUUUGCUAGUCUACAAACCCUCUCAGUUGAAAGAGUUAAUCCUGAUGGUGGUUCAUUGGGUAUCAUGGCAUCUUCUUCUCGAGGGAAAGAAAAGGAGAAGAAGAAGGAUAAGGAAAAGAAGCGGAAGCGGGAAGAUCACAAGGGGCACCGUGAUGAUCCUGAAUAUUUGGAGAGGAAACUGUUGAAGAAAGAGAAGAAAAGGAAAGAAAAGGAGAUGACAAAGUUGCUGAGUGGUGGGGCAAAGGCUACAUCAGUGGAGCUGCCAGGUAAGAAUGAGAAGCCUACUAUUAAGUUGGCAACAGUGCCAUUGAAACCAAAUCAACCCAGUGAAUCCAAAGCAGUGGCCACGAACAUUGAAACGAAGCCUGAGCCAUCAGAAGGUACUUCUUCUGUUCCCAAAUUUCGAAUUAAAAUUAAGAAUAGGACACUUAACAGUUAGUGCUGUAUGAAGUUAUUAGAUAUUUCCUCGUAGAAAUUGCUCAGAUGGAAUCCCUCUGAAUUUUUGGAUCUUUAGUCUGUCCAUGUCAGGAAUUGGGUAUUAAUGUAAUCGAAACCCAUCUCUGUUGAAACAAUUUGUGCUUGAUUUUUAUUUUUUGAAGCUUUCAAGCAUUGACUUA